AUGAACGAGGAGGCGGAGGGGAGGGGGGCGCGGCCCGGCGUGCUCAAGGUGGUGGUGGCGCAGGGGACCAACCUCGCCAUCAGGGACUUCACCUCCAGCGACCCCUACGUCGUCGUCCGCCUCGCAGACAAGAGUGCAAAGACAAAAGUCAUCAACAGUUGCCUCAAUCCAGUUUGGAACGAAGAGAUGGUCUUCUCCAUCAGGGAACCUCUAGGGAUCAUCAAACUUGAGGUGUUCGACCGGGACCGGUUCAAGUACGACGACAAGAUGGGCCACGCCUUCAUCGACCUGCAGCCGGUGGCGGCCGCGACGAAGCUGCGGCGCGCGCUCAAGCUCACCACAGGGGAGACCAGGCUCCGGAAGGUGGCGCCGACCGCCGACAACUGCCUGCUCUCCGACAGCUUCGUGACCUACGCCGACGGCGAGAUCGUGCUCGACUCCCGGCUGCGGCUGCGCGACGUCGAGUCCGGGGAGCUCUUCGUGACCGUCAAGUGGAUCGACGCCGGCGCCACGUGA